UUCCGCCGGAUUACCCAGCGUACCCCGCGGCAAAAUGGUGGCCUAAGCCGAGCGCGCGGGGCCGGGCCGAGCGGGGGCAAAGUUUGGGGCGGGCCCGAGACAGAACCGAACCGGGUCAGAACCGGCUGUAAAGUCCCCGGGAGUCCGGGAGGAGCGGAGCCCGACUGGUUCCGAGCCAGACCGGGACCCCGGGGGGUUGAGGGAACCCAGCCAGGUCAGAACCGAGCCCGGGGCCCGACCGCGCCGGCACCGAACCUGGCCCCGAGCGCUCAGGUCCGAGUUGGGUCAGAACCGGUCUGGGAUAGGGCCCAGCCUGGCCAGGUCAGAGCUCCGCCAGCGUAAAGAGCGCCCCGUCCGGAUCAGAACCGAACCGGGACCCGCGAGAAAGGGAGGAGUUCGGCUCUGCCCCCAGCUUGUCGCCCUCGGGCUAAAGGGGAGGGAAACAGGCAGAGCUAACUGUAAAGUCACAUUGGUGUUGGGGGAGCUGGGCCCAACUUGGUCAGAACAGAACUGGGAGAUGUGAGCUCAGGGAGGAAAACUGUAUCAGAACCAGACAAUCACCCCUGGGCUGCAGGGGCCAGGACAGGCCAGAGCUGAAUUGGGGGUAGAAGAGGUGCAUGGGUCAGGAACUGAACCCUGCAGGGGAAGACAGUGGAACUGAGUCAAUUUAAACCCAGUUGAGUCUGGAAAUCGAGGAAGACUGAUCCCAGAACUGAACUGGGUCUGCUUGUGGGCCAGAGAGGUCUAAACUAAGUUUGAACAGAACCAGAUCCUUAUGGAGUGAAAGAUGAGGAGCUAUGUGUGUUUAGGGGUGAGACAGUGAUAGCCACAACAAGAGGGCUUUGGAAUUGGAAAUGAAGUGAAGCAAAUCUGAGACAGUUUGUGUGAUCAAGACCCAAACUGUGUUGAAGAAGUCAGAGUAGGGGAGAGGGAACUACACUGUGUCUGUGCCAAAUCUGGUCGGGGAGGAGAGAGGAUCCUUUACCAACCUAGAGACCCUCCCUGGCACCAGGCAUCAUCCAAGAGACUUUCUGCAAGGAAGUUAGUGAAUCUGAACAGAUCCCAAGAACAAGGAAAGUUUAGAGAACAGCAGAGCUGAGCAAAUGAUACUGAACCACAUCUGGAUUUGGUCUAGAGAGUGAGUGGGAGACAAUUGAGUAUGAAAGAAGUGAAAGGUUGAGCACUGGCACCGGGAUUUGUAAACGGAAGAGGGAAAAAAUUAUUUCCAACUGAAAUUGCAUUAAUCGGCAAAAGGGUGAGUGAGUGAGCUGUGAUUUUUCUCUGAGCUGGGAAUGGACCAGGUCUGAGAGAGGCCAGCUGGAGUGAGCCCACUGAAAAGACAGCCCGGCAAAAUGAGACUGCUCCUUGCCUGACAGGGCUUCUCAAAGCUGCAGAUCUGUAUUUUGCAGAAUCAGUCCAGUGACAGAGCUGAUAUAAAGGGGCUGCACAGGAGGAGGAAGUGAAUCCCUUGGAUACAAACAGCAGAGAGCAGGAGCCGUUCAGAAGCUGCCAGAUGCCACCAGGGGAGAGCUGACUUGGAGGCAGGCGGACAGGCACAUUGCUUUGGAUCUGGCAUCUGAGUGAGUGUCCCCCUACAUGAGACUUCAACUCUGAGCGCAGGCUGGUGACCCGUUGUCGCACCCAAGCAGGAGGGAGGAUGACGAGCACAGCUCCAUCCAAGAAGCCUUACCGCAAGGCACCGCCACAGCACCGCGAGAUCCGCCAUGAUCUGCCCAUCCUUCGAGACGACCAAGACGGCGUGAUUUUGGCCGAGCAGAGUCAGGAGCCCUUGACGGAUGCAGAAAGGAUGAAGCUGCUGCAGCAUGAGAACGAGGAGCUGCGCCGGCGGCUGGCCUAUGUCACUAACAAGAUGGAGGCGAUGGAAAGGGAGCUGGAGUCCGGCCAGGACUACCUGGAGCUGGAACUGGGCCAGAACCGCGAAGAGCUGGAGAAAUUCAAGGACAAAUUCCGCAGGUUACAGAACAGCUACACUGCUUCACAGAGAACCAAUCAGGACCUGGAGGAGAAGCUGCAUACCCUGGCCUCUCUCAGCCAAAGCUGGAUUUUUGCAAUAAAAAAGGCUGAGAUGGACCGGAAGACCCUGGACUGGGAGAUUGUGGAGCUCACUAACAAGCUGCUAGAUGCCAAAACUACCAUCAAUAAACUUGAGGAGCUCAAUGAGCGCUAUCGGCAGGACUGUAACCUCGCAGUGCAGCUGCUCAAGUGCAACAAGUCCCACUUCAGGAACCACAAGUUUGCUGAUCUUCCCUACGAGCUGCAGGACAUGGUCAAUAAGCACCUGCACAGCACCCAAGAGUCCCCAGGCCCUGGGCAGGAGGCUGCACAUACCCUGGCCCCAUCUGACGUUGUGCCCACCUCCGUUAUUGCCAGAGUCCUGGAGAAGCCAGAGUCACUGGUCCUGAACUCUGCCAAGUCCAGCAGCGGCAGCUGUCCCAUGGCUGAGGAUGUCUUUGUGCACGUGGACAUGAGUGGAGCUCUGCUGGAUGCCUGCCCCAGCCCAGGGCUGCCUGGGAAGGAGAGAGGGGAAGUGGGGAAGCAGCAGAACGGGGGCUGCAAGCCACAGAGCAGUGUGGAGAGCCUGUCAGAGGAGGUGCCUGCCUUCGAGAAGCUGAGCCCCUACCCCACGCCCUCCCCUCCCCACCCCAUGUACCCAGGGCGUAAGGUGAUUGAGUUCUCUGAGGACAAGGUGAGGAUCCCAAAGAACAGCCCGCUGCCCAACUGCACCUAUGCCACGCGGCAGGCCAUCUCCCUGAGCCUAGUGCAGGGCGAGGACGAGAGCAGCGACCGGCACCGGACGCUCCCUAACAGCCCUGUCUCAGAGGGCCGCCACUCAGCCUCCAGCUGCUCCUACCAGCCAUCUCCCAAGGCGGCUCGGGCACACGGCUCCUCGCAUAGCAGCCCUUUCAGCAGCCCACCCCAGAUCCCCAGCGCCUUCGCCAGCUCGGCCAGCUCGGAGGAGGACCUCCUGGCCAACUGGCAGCGGAUGUUUGUGGACAAGGCGCCCCCCACUUCAGAGCAGGUGCUGGUGAGCCGCACCUCCUUCAGCCAUGACAUGGCCCCGGAGCUCCAGAAGCGAUUCAGCCGCUCCAUGCAGGAGCUGGGCAGGGCGGCCUCAGCCUACUCGGACGGCGAGGAGUCUGCGCAGAGCUGCAGCUGGACCGUCAGCCGGGACUCGAGCGUGGACACAGACAGCACUGAGUCCCGAGCCCGCAGGAGCCAUUUCUCCUCCGACUACGGCAUGGACUUCUCCCAGGAUGAAGCCCGGAAGCUGCUCCAGGGCGGUGGCGGGGGCACCGCUGAGCCCAGCAGUCCCCCGCCAGAGAAGCACAAGGACUAUGUGGACCUGGGCUCACCUGGGAGCCCGGCUGAGGAAAGGGAAAUGCUGCUGCAAGCAAGCAAGGAGAGCAGCCCAGGGGGAGCCCUGGAGGAGAGUGGGGAAUGCAGGAGCAAGCCUCCCUCAGGGCGGCCACACCGCAGCCCCAAGAGGAUGGGUGUCCACCAUCUCCAUCGCAAGGACAGCCUGACACAGGCCCAGGAGCAAGGCAACCUGCUCAACUGAGGCUCGGCAGGAAGCAGCACCCCAGGGCAGUGCUGUAGCUGCCUCACCACUCACAGGGUUGGUGUCCCCGGCACCACACAUACCCCAGGGGGCUGCAGGCUCCGCUCCCACCUUGUAUUUAUUCUGGUUUUGAUACCCUGAGGCGCCAGGAUCUUGUUGGCGUUCCGCACCCACCACACCAGAACACACACUUGAGGCCUCACUCGGCCUGGCCUGCAUGCCCAUGCCUGUGCUCACCACUCAUCUGGUGCCUGCCCUCACACUCAAUCUUACAGCCCCACCCUGGGGCCCAUGCCCUUACUCACCCUGGGGCCUGGGCCUGCCCUCACACUCUCAUGCUCACAACCUUGCCCUGGUGCCCAUGCCCAUGCUCUCAUUUUCAGGCUGAUGCCCAUGGCCCUGGGCGCACUUGUGCUGGUGCCCAUGGCUGCUCUGUUCCUAUCUUUCAACUUGUGCCAACAAGUAGAAACUCUUUGCCCUGGUCUUGUCUGACCCCCGUGAACCCCUGCAGGCUGAGUGGGGCAUGAGGGCUGCCCUGGGGGGUGGGUGCUCCUUGCUGCCUGGCCCCCUGCUGUGGGUCAGGAGCAUUGAGUUGGGGACGGUUGUUUUGCUAUUUUUUGUUCCCCCCUGCUGCCAUGUUGAUCUCUGUGGAAACCAGCUGGCAGUUGUGGCUGGCUCUCCCUUAAAGCUUCCUCUGCAGAUCCCUGCUGCUUAGCUCGUGGGCCUGGCCCAACACGUGGCUCAUGCAGAGGCAGUGCCCUGGGAGAGCCCCAGUUCCCUCUGCCGUGGGACUGGGCCAGAGCUGCCCCCGGCAGUUGCUCAGCGAGGCUGGCCUGCAGAGUUCCCAUGGCAGUGGUUUCUGUGCUGAGGGUUGGAUUGUGUUUGUCUCUCCCCAUCCCUGGGUGCUGUUGCACUGGCCUGGCUCGUGUUUGACUGGUGCUGAUUCUCUGCUCCCGGGUCUUCCUCUCAUUUUUCUUCUUUCCAGGCCUUUGCUUUUAAAAUGUUUUGUUUUUCUCUUCCUGCAUAAAUGAACAAAGCAGCUGACAGCCAAUCCAUUGUCUGCCCAGAGGUCUGGGGUGAGGUCCUGCCCUAGGAGCCACAGGCUCCCCCUUCCCAUCCUGGCCUUUCUACUCCAGCAGAGCCAUAUGGACUCCAGGGCAGGAUUUUACCCCAGGAAAGCAAUACAUGAAAGAUCAUAGCAAGCUCCCUCUGGGCAGGGCCCCAGCAAGGGCUCUGGGGUGAGAGAGAGAGAGACCCCCCUGAGGAGCAGGGCUUAUCGCUGCAGACACGGUACCUCAUGGCUCAGCAGUGGCCCUUUGGGGAGACCCCUGUGCAUGUGCACCCCUUCCUCUGGCUGGGUCCCGGGCUGGCUCUGGUGCCCUUCCAAGGCCUCUCCACUGGUGGGGCUGGAGUUGUGUGUUUCAUUUUCCUUGUGUUCAGUGUUGGGACAAUUUUCCUUUUCACUGUUUAUGUGCUCAGUGUCCCUGGGGCAGGGAAGGGGAGAAGUCGGGAGUGUAGAUAUUUUAUUUGGGAGAUAGAGCCCCAGUGUCUAGUUACGAGUUUCCUAACCUGCCCUUGCCUAUCUGGAUUUUUACCUCUCCACCCCGAAGGUGUAACCCAGCACACUGGCAUGGUCCCUAUGCUGCUCCCUUGGGCUGGGGGACCCCCUUCCCUUGGCUGUGGUGGGUUUGAAGCUGGAGCUGUGGUGUCCUCCUUCAGUGAGAGCGAGCUGCUGCUCUGUGCUUCGCUAUGUAUGGAGGGUGCAGCCUCUCUCUGCAGGAAGGAAGCUCCCAUUCAAACUCCCAGCAAGAGAUGCUGUCCUGGGGCAGUGUCCCUCUCUAAGCCCCUCCAGUUGUGGCUGGUGGCAGCCAGGGCCAAAACUUUGCUCUCAGCCACAGCCCGGAGGCUGCAGGGCAUGUGAAAGCAGGGCUGUCCUUAGGCAUAUGCAGCAUACGCAGCUGCGUAGGGCACCAUGAAAUUUGGGGCACCUAAUUGCCCCAAAUUUCAUGGUGCCCUAUGCAGCUGCGUGCCGCAUACGCGUGGCAGCACCAGCCCUGGCGACCAGCCCUACUCCCGGCCGGCCCCCCCAUGGGCUGCGCCCACUGCAACGGGCAGGGCCAUCCCUAGGGGGGUAUGGCCCCGGACAACUCCCUCCGCCCCACCUCUUACCCUUCCCCCCCUGCUCUGCCCCUGGCCCAACCCCAUUCCACCUCUUCUCCCCGGUGACCCUGCAUUCACAGGCAGCGGCGGGAAGGGGAGCAACCUGGCCCCAGCCCACUCUACUCCAUCAGCUCCCAGCUGCAUUGCUUCGCUUCCUGCCGCCAGUGAGUGCAGGGAGGUUGGGGAAAGGAUCGCCCCCCACACUCACCGGUGGCGGGAAGCGGAGUGAUGCGGCCCCAGCCCACUCCGCUUCCCUUGCCCCAGCCCCAGCCCCAGCCAUGU